AUCAAAAUCAUUCCCAUUCUCACGCCAUCCUCGCAUAGUCAAGAAUUUGUUUCGUUUUUCUCGCGGGAAUUUCGUUGAAGUUACUUCGAUGGCACCAAAGGCGGACAAGAAGCCGGCGGAGAAGGCCCCAGCAGCCGAGAAAAAGCCGAGAGCGGAGAAGAAGUUGCCGAAGGAGGCGCCAGUCUCGGCGGAGAAGAAGAAGAAGAAGGCCAAGAAGAGCGUGGAGACGUACAAGAUCUACAUCUUCAAGGUUCUAAAGCAGGUGCAUCCAGAUAUCGGGAUCUCGAGCAAGGCGAUGGGGAUCAUGAACAGCUUCAUCAAUGAUAUCUUUGAGAAACUCGCACAGGAGUCUUCCAGGCUCGCUCGCUACAACAAGAAGCCAACCAUUACCUCUCGCGAGAUCCAGACUGCUGUCAGGCUGGUGCUCCCCGGUGAACUCGCCAAGCACGCCGUCUCUGAAGGCACCAAGGCCGUCACAAAGUUUACUAGCUCUUAGAAUCCUUUGUUAUUGGCAUUGUCUAGGUAUUUUGCUGUUUGUUUCCGAUUGAUUUUGGAAUUAGGGCUCAGCGAUCGUUAAUUACUUCAAUUAGGGAAUUAGGGAUUGAUGGGAAUGUAAAGAAGGUACAGGGCGUCUCAUGGGAAAUUAAUGCCGAUUUUUUCCAAAUUCAAUUCAAUGAAACUUCGAUCUGUAA